GGGACACGGCGCCGCUGGAAGAGUUCAGCUGGAAUCUCGGAUGCCGAACGGAUUCCAAGGCUGUUUUUCAGCUCCUCUGGUGAAUCCCAGAGGGAUGGGCAGCGCUGAGCAGGGCAAGGAGGGAGCUCAGCCGUAGGCACCAGAGCUCCUGAUCCCAACAAUUCCCCAGGAUUGCUCACAAAAUGCCUUGAACGCCGAGCCCGGGCUGGAAGAUGAAUGACUCCCGGGAGGAUGGCAUGGAUUUAGGCAGCGACGCCGGCAGCAGCCGCUCCAGCUCGGAAUCCAACUCCAGCAAAGCCACGCCGUGCUCGGAGGGCAAGUCCUCGCCGUGCCCCAGCAGCCUGGACCUGGCGGCGCUGGAGGACUCGGAGGAGGAGGAGGAUUCGGAGGAGGAGGAGGAGGACGGGGGGUCCCCGCCGUCCCCGCCGCGCUGCCCCGCCGCCCAUGGGCGCGGGUGCGGGGCCGUGCCCGCCGCCCCCCGCCGCUGCUCCCGCCCGCGCCCCCCGCCCCGCACGGGCACAGGGGCGGCCCCGGGACCCGGCGGGCGCAGGGGCGGCGGGGCCAGGCCCCUCCGGGAGCCGCAGCCCCCCGCCAUGGACUGGGCAGCCCUGGAGAGGCACCUGGCGGGGCUGCAGUGCCGAGAGCAGGAGCGAAACCACCGCGCCAACCCCGCGUCGAGUGACUUAGGAAUUGCUCAGAACUUCUGA